GUGACGGAAGCAGGGGUGGUGGAGCACCGAGCGGUCGGGCUGCCGGGCUGAUUGGUUUGGGUGUCUGGACCGUGAAGGUAGCGCUGCUUGUCCCGGGCGGCUACUUUCCUCUAGCUGCCCACAGUCAUAGUGGUUCGCCCAGGACGCAAGGACCCCUCAGCUGGCUUGCUUAGGAGAAGACGCGGCCGCCCGGUACUUGGGACUCGGGCGUCUCGGACUGCUCCUCCUGCCGCUGGGGAACCGCCGGGUUGAGCAGCUGGGAGAAGCAGGCCAGAGCCGUCUAGGGCCUCGGGCCCGGGGACCCGUGGAGGAUGAGCUGGCUCUUUCCCCUGACCAAGAGCGCUUCCUCCUCCGCAGCCGGGUCCCCCGGUGGCCUCACCAGCCUUCAGCAGCAGAAGCAGCGCCUCAUAGAGUCCCUCCGGAAUUCACACUCCAGUAUAGCUGAAAUACAGAAAGAUGUGGAAUACAGGUUGCCAUUCACCGUAAACAACCUGACAAUUAACAUUAAUAUAUUGCUCCCUCCACAGUUUCCUCAGGAAAAACCAGUGAUCAGUGUUUAUCCACCAAUAAGACAUCACUUAAUGGAUAAACAAGGAGUCUAUGUUACCUCUCCAUUAGUAAACAACUUUACAAUGCAUUCAGAUCUUGGAAAAAUUAUUCAGAGUCUGUUGGACGAGUUUUGGAAGAAUCCUCCAGUUUUAGCUCCUUCUUCAACAGCAUUUUCAUACCUAUACAGUAAUCCAAGUGGGAUGCCUCCUUACGCAUCUCAGGGUUUUCCAUUUCUUCCUCCAUAUCCGCCACAAGAAGCUAACAGGACUAUCACUUCUUUGUCUGUUGCUGACACUAUUUCUUCUUCAACAACAAGUUACACAACAGCCAAACCCGCUGCUCCUUCUUUUGGCGUCCUUUCAAAUCUGCCAUUACCUGUUCCCACAACAGACACUUCAGCACCGAUAAGCCAAAAUGGUUUUGGUUACAAGAUGCCGGACGUCCCUGAUGCAUUUCCAGAACUCUCAGAACUAAGUGUAUCACAGCUUACAGAUAUGAAUGAACAAGAGGAAAUAUUACUGGAACAAUUUGUGACUUUGCCUCAACUAAAACAGAUCAUUACCGACAAGGAUGACUUAGUAAAAAGUAUUGAAGAGCUAGCAAGAAAAAAUCUUCUUUUGGAGCCCAGCUUGGAAGCCAAAAGGCAAAUUGUUUUAGAUAAGUAUGAGUUGCUUACACAACUGAAAUCUACUUUUGAAAAGAAGAUGCAAAGGCAGCAUGAACUUAGUGAGAGCUGUAGUGCGAGUGCCUUGCAGGCAAGAUUGAAAGUAGCUGCUCAUGAAGCUGAGGAAGAAUCUGAUAAUAUUGCUGAAGAUUUCUUAGAGGGAAAAACCGAAAUAGAUGAUUUUCUCAGUAGCUUCAUGGAAAAGAGAACAAUUUGCCACUGUAGAAGAGCCAAGGAAGAGAAACUUCAACAAGCAAUAACAACGCACAGCCAAUUCCAUGCUCCACUAUAGAUUUUCCUGAAAACCUACCAAGACAGAAAUGACACAAGACUAAUAAGCAAAUUAAUAUGUAUGAUUUGCAAAUUGGUAUUUCAUCACAGUGACUGAAUUCAUAGAUACCCUGUAUAGAUUGUAUACAGAACUGAGACUGAUUUUGUACAGAUUAGAAUGAUUGCUAUGGUCUUUGCUUUGAGAAAUUUUUCUGCACGAUUUGCACUAUAAAUGUUUAUUUAUUGUUGAUAAAUCCUAUCAUAUUUAAGUUUCACUGCUGGUCCUCUGUUAUUAAGUACCUAUGCAUGUGAUUUUAGCUAGUAUCAAUAUUUUAUAAAAAUUGCCUCAUUUAAAUUUAUAUUUUUAAUUUGAAACUGCCUCCUUUCUUUAUCAAGAAUGGUUUGUUUAGAUAUUUUUCCUGUCAACCUUUUUGAAAAAUUACUAUUUUCAACUGUAGAAAGCCUUAUUUUUCCUUCUUUCCAGAUGAUAAAUUUUCAAAAAACAUUUGUUUUUAAAUAUUCAUAAUGUCAGGAAACACCAUGCCUACAAAUGUGCCGUCUCAAAAAGGUAACUUUUAAUAACACUAAAUGAAAAGAAUACAUCAGCUGCUCAUACAUGAUUUAAUUUUUAAAAUUAAAGAUACAUUUAAGAAGCAAUACAAGUAAAUAUAUAUUUUACCUAAUAGAAAAAGAUUGCCUUCCACUUCAUCUAGUCCAACAACCUUUCAUAAUAAUGUUUUUAUGUAAGUAACUAAUAGGUUUGUGAUUGGAUAAUAAUAUACUUUCUAAAUUCCUAAUGUUAAAAACAAUCUUUUUGUUGAUAAGUAGUAAUUCUAGACACAGAAGUCAAUGAAUUCUUUUGAUCUUUACUGUGAGUUAGCUUUUCAUAGAGAACAGCUUUAGUAAUAAAAUUAAUAUUUAACUUUUAGGCAAUCUAGUUUUUAUUUAAUUUUAUUGAAAAUUCUUUUUAAAUUGUGCUACGUUCAGCAGUUUGCUUCUAUACAAUGUUAUAGAAGGAACACAUUUCAUAGGUAGCUGUGAAAGCUAAUAAAGGAGAAAAUCUGGAACUAUAUGUAUCUGAGGCUUUGGUAAGGGUAUCUAAAUCACAAAACAACCUAACACAUAUUGUCAUUUAAAUUUCAUCCCAGUAUGUAUUGUCAUUCCAAAUGCCAGCAUUUGGUACAGUGUUUUUUUUCUUCAUUCUUUUUCUUUCUCUACAUGUUCUGGCAAUAGAACUUUAGGAAGAAUAAAAUUAUUUUCUUAGACUUGACAAAUACUUAAUUCUUAGUCUGUGUUUAUGGAAAAGCAAGUAUUCAUAUGGACUAUAAAUAUAUAAAUAAAUUAACUUUCAUUAAUUGCCUGUCUCACUGGCGCUGUACUAAGGGCAUGCUGUUUAAUCUUCAAAAUGACCAGACAUUAUUUUUAAGGAUUUGUAGACGAAAGAACUCAGGUAAGUGUCUUAAAUUUGUGGCAGCCUUCUGGGUAUUUAGAAACCUUUCCUUACACACAGACCAGCAGAACUUCCAGUUGUCCCAGCAGUCACUGCACUGGAGGACAUAAUUGUCUUUUGCAGACCAUCGGGUAGCUUUCUUAGAAACUGUAGAACCCAUAGCAAGAGACCCGCAGACCACAGUCAUUCUGAAGGGACAUCAGUCCAUUUGAUCUACCAAUGUACUUAAACAUCUAUUCAAAAAAAGUCCCUGUGGAAAUACUAUAAAACAGCCACUCAAACAUGGUUUAGGUGCUUGGGUGCUCAUCUCCUUUCUCCUCCACAGAGACAACAACAAAACAAAAACAAACAAAAAACAUAAGUUUUCUUAUACAGUAAAUUUCUUCUGCAUAAUUACAUAAUUCAUCUCAGUGUUUCUUACUCUUUAAGCCAAAAUGCCUAGUUUCAUUCUCUACCAGUUAACAUAGCUUGUUUUCUCCUUCCAAAAUUAGACAGCCUCCUUACAACCUAGUCAUUACAAAAAAGUUUGAUGGUGAAUAUCUGCAUUUAACCAACAGACAGUUUAGUUCAGAUGUAGGUUGUGUAAGUUGUCCAAGAUAGAAGAAAGUCUGCAUUUGAAUAAUUCUCUGAACUUUGGUUUUGUUUUGCAAUGGAAAGUAAGUGAUUUGGGGGGUAAUUUUAUGGCCAUGUUGUUUUCUUCUAAAAACUGGUCAUCUGGAGAAGUCAUAACAGGGGGGGAAAAUGGCUGCCAAGGCAGUUUCUGGUUUUACUUUAACAUAUAAUAGAAGACCAGAUGGAAAUCUGAAUAUUAUUCUGAAUAUUAUUCAGAAUAUUAAAUUCAGAAUAUUAUUACUCUGAAUAUUCAGAGUAGAGGUUUGUCAUGGGUAGAAAUUUAAACACUGAUAUCUCAAAAUAGAAGAAAGUUUUCUAAAUAAAUAGGAUGUACAGUAAAGAUACCUGUCUCCGGGGCGCCUGGGUGUCUCAGUCGGUUAAGUGUCUGACUUCAACUCAAGUC